AUGACGGCAGGCAACAAGCAAAGCACGAAGUCAUCUUCUUCCUAUUUCUUCUAUUCCUCCUUCUCCACGCUUCUUCUUCUUCUUCCUCAAUCUCUCUUACGAUUCCUUCAAAUCAUUCUUCCAUGGCCACCGUAUCUUCUUCCUCCUGGCCAAACCCCAACCCUAAUCCCGAUUCCACGUCUGCCUCAGAUUCCGAUUCUACUUUUCCCUCUCACCGCGAUCGCGUAGACGAACCCGACUCUCUCGAUUCCUUCUCCUCCAUGAGUCUUAACUCCGACGAACCUAAUCAGACUUCUAAUCAAUCGCCUCUUUCUCCCCCUACGCCCAAUUUACCGGUGAUGCCUCCUCCGUCCGUGCUUCAUCUUUCCUUUAACCAAGAUCAUGCUUGCUUCGCUGUCGGCACUGACCGUGGCUUCCGGAUCCUUAAUUGCGAUCCCUUUCGCGAGAUUUUCCGGCGUGAUUUCGAUCGUGGCGGUGGUGUUGCAGUCGUGGAGAUGCUUUUCAGAUGCAAUAUAUUAGCCCUAGUUGGUGGCGGACCUGAUCCUCAAUAUCCUCCUAAUAAGGUUAUGAUUUGGGAUGAUCACCAGGGCCGAUGUAUCGGAGAACUCUCUUUCAGGUCCGAUGUUAGAUCCGUCCGGCUUAGGAGGGAUCGGAUUAUUGUCGUUCUUGAGCAGAAGAUUUUUGUCUACAAUUUCUCUGACCUCAAGCUGAUGCAUCAGAUUGAAACCAUUGCCAACCCUAAGGGUUUGUGUGCUGUUUCUCAGGGUGUUGGUUCUAUGGUUUUGGUAUGUCCAGGUUUGCAGAAAGGUCAAGUUCGGAUCGAGCACUACGCUUCUAAACGGACCAAAUUCGUCAUGGCUCAUGAUUCCAGAAUAGCUUGCUUCGCUCUCACGCAGGAUGGCCAUUUGUUGGCCACUGCUAGCUCUAAGGGUACUCUGGUUCGGAUCUUCAAUACUGUUGAUGGUACCUUGCGUCAAGAGGUAAGGAGGGGUGCGGAUAGAGCAGAGAUCUACAGUUUGGCCUUCUCUUCAAAUGCUCAGUGGUUAGCUGUCUCAAGUGACAAAGGAACGGUCCAUGUCUUUGGUCUCAAAGUCAACUCCGGAUCUCAAGUGAAAGACUCAUCCCGAAUUGCACCUGAUGCUACUCCCUCAUCCCCAUCGUCGUCUCUGUCUUUAUUCAAAGGAGUGUUACCGAGGUAUUUCAGCUCGGAGUGGUCGGUGGCUCAGUUCAGGUUGGUUGAAGGAACUCAGUACAUAGCCGCCUUUGGCCAUCAAAAGAACACCGUUGUUAUUCUUGGCAUGGAUGGGAGGUAAGCAAACAUUAUUCCAUUGACAAACUUUAAUCACGAAAUUGCAAUUGAGAACCUGACAAACAUAAUUCUCUAUGAUUUGUUCUGUGUAUGGCAUAUUUGAUCUGACCGGAGUUGGAUUGUGUUCCUUUGAUGUUCUUAAACAGCUUCUACAGAUGCCAGUUUGAUCCGGUGAACGGCGGUGAAAUGUCUCAGCUUGAGUACCACAACUGUCUGAAACCGCCUUCAGUUUUCUAAAAGCUUUACUACUUAUACUCUUUUGUUCCUUCUCUCUCUUUAUAUCUCUCUGCAACUUAAGCGGUGAGAUAUGGUGUAUAGUUUUGUGUAUAUAAUAAUGAUGGGUCGUCCUAUAAUUUGUAAAACCUUUUAUCGCUAACCAAAACUGAUUCACGGCUCGUCAAUUUGUGUCUUCCAAACAACUUGACUAAACCAAUUGUGUAAUAUCGAUCAGUCAACUUUAUU